AUGAAUUUUUGUCUUCCAGAUGGACAGUAUAGAUGGUGCGGUGCAGAGAGACGUCUCGCUGUCCUUCCUGAAUCCGGAGACAGUGACACCCUAUGGGAUUCUUUAGGCAGUAACCACGUUCCAGUUCCAGAUGCCUCUCUACACACAAUCUUUCAUCCCGAUCCCCCCCACCCUGCCGUCCAUCGUCAGCGGGGCCAAAUCCUUGCUGAGAACUCCGAACCCGCCAAGCACCAGAGAAUCCGGACUUCAGAUAAGAAGUAUCACUGUCCCGAGUGUGGGAAAGGUUUCACCGAACGCUCGAACCUUUCUAAGCACAAAAAGACUCAUACGGCCGAGAAGCCGUUCUCCUGUUCGGAAUGUGGGAAGGCUUUUAUCCAGAGAGCCCACCUCAUUACGUUUACGCUCAUCAGACACGAACGGGUCCACACGGGCGAGAAACCGUUCUCGUGUUCGGAGUGCGGGAAAUCGUUUGUGGAGAAAUCGCACCUCACGUACCAUGAGAAGUCUCACGCCGCCGACAAGCCGUUUUCCUGCCCCGUGUGCGGGAAACGGUUCAUCCUGAGAGCCCACCUUACGUCACACGAAAGGACCCACACCGCCGAGAAGCCGUUCGCCUGUUCGGAGUGCGGGAAGGGCUUCAGGCAGAAGUCACAACUCGCUAGGCACCAGAAGAGUCACACGGGGGAGAAGCCCUACGCCUGUCUCGAAUGUGGCAAAUGCUUUGCGGAAAAGACGCUUCUCGCCAUACACGAGCGGGUUCACACGGGGGAAAAGCCAUACUCUUGCUCCGAAUGCGGCGAACGGUUUACGCAGAGAGCCCAUCUCAUCUCGCACCGGAGGACUCACACAGACGAAAAGCCUUUUUCCUGCUCAGAGUGCGGGAAACAUUUUUCUCAGAGACAGUAUCUCAUUUUGCACCAAAGGACGCACACAGACGAGAAGCCGUACGAAUGUUCCGAAUGCGGCAAAUAUUUCACCCGGAGGGGCAGCCUUAUCUCGCACCAGAAGGCUCACACCGGUGAGAAGCCGUAUUUGUGUUCUGAAUGUGGGAAACGCUUUUCGAAAAAGACUUCUCUGAUGUCACAUCUUGGCUCCCACCAGGAACAUGAGCUUCUGCUGCCGGGAUGCGGUACCUAG